GGCGGGCGCGGCAGCGGCGGCGACGGCGGGAGGAGGGGCCCGGAGCGCGGCCGAAGGGCACCCCGUCCUCCAAAUGCUGCCACUUGGCUGAGCCGCGCGCUGGCGAGGAGCUGCCCUCGCAGCUGGGCCGCGCUCGGCUCCGUCCCGGCCCGGGCGCCCGGCCCCCUGACGCCGGCCAGCCCCGCAGCCCGCCGAGCGCCGGCCCCGCGAGGGGCGAUGGGCGCGCCGCUGCCCCGGCGCGGGCGGGUAAGGGACACCGGGAGGUGGGCGACGGUGUGUGGCUCGUCGGCCUCUGCUCGUCAGCUUUGCCCUUUGAUUUCUCAGCGGCGGCACCUGUGAGUUACAGGCGGCUCCUCUCGGCCAGCGCCGCCGACCGAGCCUGCCGUCUCCGCGUCGGAAUUGAGGAGAGGGAGCCCCCGCCCCUUCCACCGGGUCCUGAGCCCCCAGAUUACAGAUAAACACUACAUGUGAAGACUGGUGAAAGGGAACAUUGAUUUCUGAAGGGGGGCCCUCAGAGGAAAAGCUCUGGUCAGUGUCACGUGGACAAACGCUCAGUGUUUUCCGAAAAUGCUUUGAAGUAGUCUUUGCUACUGCUUUCCUUCUCUUCAGAACAUGGGCUGCAUGAAAUCAAAGCAAACUUUCCCAUUUCCUACCACAUUUGAGAGUGAGAAGCGGCAUGCGGAUGAAGAAAGCUUUGUGUCGGAAGAGAGAUUUCUACCUAGGAUGCCUUCUCCAGUUAUCGAUAAAGAGGAAGUGAAGGAACCUCCAGGGCCAGAAGUUGUGGUCUUCGAAUUUGCACACCGCCUGUCCCAGGAAAUCCUGAAUGAUGCCUUGCAGCAGUGGGCAGGCAAUAACAUCAAGUAUCAUGACAUCCCAUACAUUGAGAGUGAGGGGCCUUGACGCUGUAGGAUGACACUUUCUUGAACUGUGGAUACAGUUGGUGCUAGUUUAAAUACAUGAAACAAAAGCAAAAACUGGUGUGGAUAAAUACAAAUAACUCCAGCUGGAUGUAAAAAUAUGUCUAUGAUAAUAUCACGAGUGUAGGAAAACCUAAAAUGAAAUGUGUUUUAAGCAGUUAUAAGUUAACAGCAAUUUCUAUCGGUUUGCUCUUGGAUUUUAGUCAUUUAAAGGGCUAAACAUUGUCCUGUGGCACCACAGUAAUCAGCUGUUUGUCACACCACUUUCUUCCUGAGGCCAGUGAUGGUAUCACCAAAAAAAUAAAAAUAAACAAGUGCCCUAAGUUUCCAAAGGGUUAUUUUAAAGACACUCAUUUAAAAUAACUAUUUGUUAUUUUACACAAAAAACCCAAGCUAUGAAAAGAAUUUUUCUUGAAAUGCCUUGGCAAGGGAAUUGCACUCAAGCCAUGGUGAUUAACAGUGAGUCCUGUUUGUCAAAACCAUUUGUGUCAAGGAUCCCUACUUCUUGAUACAAAUGAUCAAGCACUAGAAAGCAAUCCAUGUAGAAGAGGUCCACCUUGCACCCUGUCCUUAAUAAGCUAUUUAUUUUUGUAGAUGAAAAGCAUAGCUGUCACCCUGAACCUCAGGGCCCUAACUAACCACAGCUGUCACUGAAUGACUCAUACUUUGAGUAUAGGCAUCUUAACAAGAUACAAUUUAUAAGUAAGUCAUGACUUUCAUGUUUAUUGCAUUAAGAAGCCCAGUGAUAUAACUAUACAAGAAAACAAGUAUAGGUACCUUGUAUAAAUAGCAAUCCAGUAAAUUUUAAAAUAACAGAAGCCCUAGUCAGCAAGGUAGAAAGCAGAACCUGGUCUCAGUGCUGAAUGUGUAUUAAGCUUUACUGUCUCCCAGACGCAGAGGGCUGGUAUAUGGGCACUCAUUCCCAUUUUUUUAUUGACUAGUGGAGCAGUCACCAUUCAGAUUACUGUGGGACCAGAUUAUACCUGAGGAUUUAUAGUUGUAUUACAAAACAAAAGAUCAAACACUCCUCCAAAGAGAGCACUCUUGUAUUAUGGUGGUAAUGCCCAUGGGGCAUUUACAACCAUAUACUAUACUAUUUUCAUAAAUUUGGCUACCUUUUUGGGGAGGCCUUUUUUUUUUUUUUUAACUGUCAAGCACACUUUUUUUUUUUUAAAAGAAUUAAGUACUGUUUGAGAUCAAUAGUAACAGAAAAUUUAGGAGAGAGGGAAGAUGAUACUGAGAAGACAUAACUUGUAGGAAAAUUGGGACUGAGUCUCUAGAUUAGAAUUAUCUUUUCAUCAAGAUUUGCUACAUAUUUAGUUUAAUCGGAAAGGGAAUUAUUUAAGUCCUUGUGCAUUAGUUCUUUUUAUUAAGAUAACAGAUCCUUGUCACUGAAAUCUAAAGGAAGGCAGAAAAAGGCUCUGACCUCUUUAAUGAGAUAAGUAUGUAUUUGGCCUUGUAAGCAGGCAGAAAUGUUACCUCUAAUUUCAACAAUUAUACUUUGGAACCUACAAUCAAAUAGAGUAAAUUCUCCAAGUUACAUGGGCAAAGACAGUUCUUUGAGGUGAGUGAUGUGCCAUCUUUCAGUUGCCUUUGGACACCUGGUCAUUCAACUUUCAUUUCACCUAAUCCCAGGAUUUGUACUGUCCUGUUGUACUUGCAGUCUAGCAAUUUACAAAACAGAAAAACCACCACCCCUCUUCAUACAAGGAUCUGAAGUCGUAAGGCUACAAACAGAAAGUUUCUCAAAAGUGCAAAACAUAUUUCCAGCUCAUGAAGAAAAAUUUAGGUUUUUGAGUGUUUACACUAAUGACUCAGAUGGAAGCCUAGAUAUUGCCAUUUUUCAUUCAUGUUAUAUCUCACAUCAGGACACUUUUGCUGCAAGGUCAUUUGCUGUUUAAAAGCUAUAAUUAGGUAUAUAAAAUAAUAAUAUUAUGCUGAGAACACAAAGCCAUAUAAAAGCAGCACAUCAUACUAAAUUUUCCAGCAUACACAGGGACACAGACUAAUGGGUUUUGGUUAUAUCUAAAUAUUUUAACCUCAGGUCCCUCCUUUGCCCUGGGCCCCUAUUUCUCAGGGGUAUAACAGGGAUGCCUGUCAGAUCCGUAUCUAGCCAGAAUUCUAAUCUCCGUUGCCACCCUCUCUGACAUUACGGCGCUAGGAUUUUGUAGUGGAGCACCACCCCCUCGCCCCUGAAUCAUUUUAACAGAGUAUAAUAUCUUAUGACAUACAGAGACUUACCUUAGAAAUAUAUGCUGUAUUAUAUGUCAAACCAUGAACAAGGAACUACAAGGAUUGCAUAAUCAGUGAGUUAGUGGAUGAACCAAGUUGGAGGCAGGCAUGAGAAAGAGGUGGAUAAACCCAUUUGUACUGCAUGUGAUAGUUAUCAAGAUAUAAUUUGGGGGGCCGGCCCCGUGGCUUAGCAGUUAAGUGCGCGCGCUCCGCUGCUGGCGGCCCGGGUUCAGAUCCUGGGCGUGCACCGACGCACCGCUUCUCCGGCCAUGCUGAGGCCACGUCCCACAUACAGCAACUAGAAGGAUGUGCAACUAUGACAUACAACUAUCUACCGGGGCUUUGGGGGAAAAAUAAAUAAAUUAUAUAUAAAAAAAAAAGAUAUAAUUUGGCCUUGAUGACAAGCAAGAUGAGAACUUCUUUGAUAGGAUAAUUCAACUUCUAUCAUACCUUCAUAUAUAAAUAUUGGAUUUACUUCAUUUUGAAGGUCUUUCACGAACAAUAAAAGAGUAGACGGACUGUUUGACAAGGAAGGAGACAUAUAAAACAGAAGACUAUAAGAACCAUUAGCUACUGGAAAGGGAAACAUUUGUUCCAACUUAUAUCACAAACAGAUGAAGUAAGAAUAGUGGCCAAAUUAUAAGGGAAAGUGGGGAAAAUGUGGUCCAAGCAACAGCACUGAUGUCAGGCUCCAUCAGAAGAUGCACUGCAAAAACAAGUUUCCAGUCUUUUCAGCUGAGGGAAAGGACACAGUAGCAAGUUCCUUUCUUUACCACACUGACACGUGCCCAUCCACUGAAUCUCUUCCCGCAAGAACAUCCAGCAUAGAGGCAGAUGAGCCGCCACCAGCAUGACAAAGAAGCGACUGUAGAAGCGGCAGAUCAUUUACCAAGACUCACAUAACCCACACGUGUGCCUCACUGCUCCCUCCCCAGUGAACUCUCUUGUGUACGAUUACCUUUCAGUUACAGGCCUUUGAUCUGAGAGUUGUCCACUGUCAGCUGCCUUAUCAGUUCUUUUGCAAACUACCUAUGGUUAUUAGCACUUAAAGCACAAUUUUGAAGGAGAUAAAAAUGAUCUUAGUCUCAAAAGAAUAAUUUGUGUCAAACUGCCUUAUUAGUAUUAAAAAUAGACACACUGAAUGAAUGAAGAACAUGAUGCUCAUAUAUCCUACUCAAUAUCAUUGGCAUCUUAAGAGACAGGGGGGGCCGGCCCCGUGGCUUAGUGGUUAAGUGCACACGCUCCGCUACUGGCGGCCUGGGUUCGGAUCCCGGGCGCGCACCGACGCACCGCUUCUCUGGCCAUGCUGAGGCCACGUCCCACAUACAGCAACUAGAAGGAUGUGCAACUAUGACAUACAACUAUCUAAUGGGGGGCUUUGGGGGAAAAAAAAAAAGGAGGAGGAUUGGCAGUGGAUGUUAGCUCAGAGCUGGUCUUCCUCAGCAAAAAGAGGAGGAUUAGCAUGGAUGUUAGCUCAGGGCUGAUCUUCCUCACAAAAAAAAAAAAAAAAAAGAGACAGGGGAACUAUACUUUUGUAUCGUAUAGUUUUAGAAAUCAAAAAUUAGAGACACAUCAUAAAGUCAGGGAACAGUAAUUUAAAAACAAAGUUCUAACAAACAUAUUGUUUGCUCAAUCAUAAUGCUGUCAUCCAGUAUUUGUGUAAACAAAUAGGACAUGUCUUCCUUGGAGCAGUGGGCAUGAUACUCAGAUGCACUCCCUACAUCUUACUUUGCAAAACUGGAGUUUUGUUAGCGAAUUCUCUUCCGUGUAAGACUUACCUAUGAAAUGGUAUAUUUUUUUCAAAUAUUUUUGUGAAAACAUUUUUUUGUAACUAUACAAUAAAAGUCUAGUUGCAAUUAACUAGCUAUGAGUUCUUAUUUAACU